CGCGCUGAAGCGCGAAUCUGAAAUGUUGCCCGCCACAAGUACGUGCGCUGCGCGCUACUUCGCGCCAAAUGGCAUUCAUCUCGGACCUUCGGAAUGCAGAGGCGUAGGCUUAUUUUGUUUCUUGCAGCUUGCCUUGUUGACACAGACGCCCAGCUUUCGUACCUCCUGCUGGAGCAGUGUCAAGAUGGCCAACACUCGCUAGAACUGUCUGACAGCAAGAGAAACUCUGCAGUUGAGCUGACCCUCAGCAGACACCCUCCGUACCCAGGAGACUCUCACUGCUAUCUCACUGUUAGCGCACCAUGGGCAGAUGGCUUGCUUUUUGUUGUGCGUAUGCUCAACAUGCGCUGGGAUGCAACACGAUGCCUUGACUACAUGAAGCUGACUGACAAUGAAAGGGUCUUGCUGGCUCCACUGUGCACAUCUCGUGCCAUUGGAUCUCGCUUUGUUGCCAUGCGAGAAAACAGGAUCACGCUGGUAGUGGUGACCUCGAAGUUAACUCCAAGUGGAAACUACACUGGCCUCAACAUAUUAUUCACUGGUUAUGUCAGCAAAAAUCGGUGCAGUCCCAAUGACAUGUUUCUCUGCGUAGAAUCAAAGGUUUGCAUUUCCAAGGCCCUAUAUUGUGAUGGAAUAGAUCACUGUGGUGAUGGAACUGAUGAACCAGAAGACUGUGCGACCAUAAACCGGCACACCUGGAUCGAGUGGGCUCCAUUGCUGAGCUGGUUAUCUGUGUAUGGCCUCUUCGGUGCAGUUCUCUUCAAAGUGUACUCUAAGAAAAAGCGGUCCAUCUUGGUGCUUGGGAACCUGUGACCCCCCGACUUGACAUUAUUCCAUUUUCAAGAGUGUGCCCACGCACUGAAUGACCAUGCAAGAAGUCCCGAGCCAGGUAUUCAGAGCGUAUCUUAAUCAGUCUCCAUUGUACCGGCUGGAAGACCAGUUUGUUCCUGUUUGUCAGUAUAAAAGGUUACCCACCA